CAUUGUUAAGGAAAACGAACACGGUGUUGUGACUACUGCUGAAUGUGUUGUUGAAGUUACCACAGACGCUACUGGUGGCGUGGUCACCAAGACUUCCACCAUCGGUAGUAAGCCUACCGAAUGUGACGUGUGCUCGGUGUACACCACUGCUGUUGUGGAAACUAAGGACAACGGUGCUGUCGUGACUGCUGAACAUGUUGUUGAAGUCACUACCGACUCUACUGGCGGUGUGAUCACUUCUACUGUGGCUCCUCACUACACCACCUUGAUCACCACUAACGAAAAUGGUGAAGUGUUAACGUACACAACCCUUGAAAGCGAGGCCAAGACGACUGACACCGGGUCUGGAAACAACGUCGACUCCGGCUCAGGUGAAGGCUCGCCCAAUGUGCCCGCCGGUGAAGGCCAAGCCAAUACUUUGGCUGGGUCUAAUGUGGUACCCUCUGGUUCCACUGUGUUGACACUUCCUGGUGCUCAAAGUACUGCUGGCUCCACCCCUGGUGGGUCCGAACCUUCGGUUAUUGCUGAGGGCAGCGCGUCGACCAAGUUGAUCUCGAGAUCGUUGGCGGCGAUGUUGCUUCUCUUUGUUUUGUGA